AUGUUGGUUUAUUUCCUGCUGCACUCAAUCGACUUACAUUUGGUUUUGUUCCCAACAUUCUCUCCUCGUUCCCGACAUUUUCUCUUUCUUCGUCGGCCUUUUCUUGCGGCUCUGUUUGCUUCUUGCGUUGCUCAGUCUGUAUACAAGCUCAAACUUUGCUUCUUCGAAGUUGUAUUUUCUUCUCUAUCUUUAACUCAUUGGCAACAACUUUCAUAUUAUUACUUACCUCGUUUUGGAUUUGUGAUUUUUCUUUGUUUUAUUUCAUGUUCUGAUUAUUUAACCUUUUCUUUUUUCUUUCUAUAUUUAUUUCUUUUUUGCAUUUUCCUUUUUUCUCUUUUCCUUAUUUUAUAUCUUUUUAUUGUUCGUUUUAAGUUUUUUUUUUCUCUGCUUAAUAUUUUUCUUCUAUCCUUACUUUCUCCUUUUCUUUUUCUCUGUUUAAUAUCUUCUUAUUUUUCUUUUAUCAUUACUUUCUCCUUUUCUUUUUCUCUGUUUAAUAUCUUUUUCUUUUUCUUUUAUCAUUACUUUCUCCUUUUAUUUCUUCGUUUUAUUCGUUGUCAUAUUUUUUCCUUUUCCCCUUUUCUCUACUUUAUAUCUAUUUUUUUUAAUUUCCUUUUUAACUGUUUCCUUUUAUUUGUUCUCGCUUUUGAUUUCUUUCUAUCUUUCUUUCAGUUUUAUAUUUUCUCUUUUUUCGCGCUUUAUUCUCAUUAUCUUUUUCUUUUUUCUUUCUUUCUGCUUUUCUGUGAUUCUCUAUACUGCCAUUUUUCUUUCCUUUUUUCCUUCCUUUCUCUUUUCUCCGUUUUCCUCUGUUUUUCUCUACUUUUCUCUAUUUUUUCAUUCCUCUCUCUUCUUUCUCUGUUUUCCUUUCAUAUUUCUUUCUAUUUUCUAAAAUUUCAUCUUUCCUUCUUCUUUCUUUCUGUAUUCCCCUUUCUUUAUCUGUUAGUUUCUUGGAUGAUUUUGAUUUUUUGGAUUCUCUUUCUUUGUUCAUUUCUUUCUCAUAUUUUUCUCAUCUUUCUUUCUAUAUAUAUAUUACAAAUAUAUUUUAGUUGGUAUUGUUUUUUUCUGAUUCUGCCAAUAAUUUUAUUUCUUUAUUUUUUUCUCUCUGAUUUACUCGCCACUUUCUUUUUAAAAUAUGUAUUUUUCGGUCUUUGCCUUUCAUUUCUUUUCCUUUUUCUUUCCUUCUCUUCUCUAUUAUUUUCUACUUCAUCUCUUUCUUUUCUCGUAUUAAUUUUUAUUCCUUUUUAUUAUUUAUUUAUUUAUUUAUUUUCCGUAAUAUGUUGUCUUUCUUUCACUCUUACUUACAUCCUUCCUUCCUUCCUUCCUUUCUUUCUUUAUUUUUUUAUUAUUUAUUUCUUUCUUUCUUUCUUUCUUUCUUUCUUUCAUAAUGCCUUUUCUGUACCUUUCUUAGUAAUAUCUAUACUAUUAUAUUUUUUCUUUCCUCAAUUUUUUUUUAUUUUUACACAUUUUCUACUUUUUCUAUUUGUAUUAAAUAUUUGCCUUUUUUGUUUUCUUUCCAAUGUGAAGAAAGAAUAUUUCCUUUUAUAUUCACCCUUUCUUCGCUUUUCAGUUCUGUUUAUUUUGCUGUCUUUCUUUCUUUGUUUCUCCUUCUUUCUUUCUUUCUUUCUUUCUUUCUUUCUUUCUUUCUUUCUUUCUUUCUUUCUUUCUCAUUCUUACUGUCUUGAUGUUCUCCCCCUGCUUUGUGAAUUCUUUUCAUUUCAAUUUACCUCUCUUUCAUUUCACUUCCAUUUUGAAUAA